UCAGUCUGUGUAGAUUUGGAUUUCACAAGCAGGUGUGUUGUGGGAGGAGUGGCCUGUGCAAAGAGAUCUGGAGUCAGCGGUGAAACUCUAGUUCAUCAGCAGAAGCUCUGAAAGGUUGUAUCCGUUUGAUUGGAGUUGUAAUCUUUAAAAAUGAGCAGGCCGGACAUGUUGCAGCUGCUGCGAGUUGCUCUUCUGUUGGUCUACCUUCUCCUCCCCUCGCUGCUCUGUGACAACCUGCUCUGCUACUACAGCCCCAUCCUGCACAAGGAGGUUAAGUUCGACCUCAUUGUGACGGAAUGCCCUCCCGACGAGCUGUGCUUCAAAGCAGACGGUCGCUACGGGAACCACAGCGCCCUGUCGGCCAGAGGCUGCAUGCCAAAGAAGAAGUGCGGCCUGGUGAAGAGCCUCCGCCUCAGAGGGACCGUCUACACCAUGACCUUCAACUGCUGCGAUUCGCCGUACUGUAACUCCUGCGCGGACCUCAACGCCAAAUCCCUCCUCAUCGCUGUAACACUUGUGACUGUAGCUGUGAUGACUGGCAGCUUGUGACUCAAGACUCCUGCUGCGCCACGUUAUGAGCAUCUUUAGGGGUUCAUGUCAAGGGGGGAAGGGUUGGGUCAACACCGAGUGAGCAGUGCUCUGCAUGGAGUAAUGCAGAGAUCCUGCAAACGUGUGUGUGCGUGUGCGUGUGUGGUGAAUGCCCAGUCUGAAGACACUGAGGUGUGUACCCAGGUGAUGGCAGAGGCUUCAACAUGAUGUAUUUACAUUUUUAAAAGAUAUUUAGUAACAAAAACCUGUUAGGUUUUUAAUGUGUACAAAUAAAAAUCUGAAUAAGAAACUA